GGGCGGCGCCAUCUUGGUAGCGACGGCAGCCGCUCGGGGUCAAACGUCCUUCUGCCCGCCGGCCCGCGACAGCCAUGGGGUCGCGGGAGCCGUGCCGCCGGCUGGAGGCGGUGCUCGGCACCCUCUACGACCUGGGUGAGGAGCACAGCCCUCGGCGCGCCGCGAAGGACAGCAAGGCGAGCACAGGGGCGGCGGAGCAGGAGGAGAGCCGGGCAGCGCAGCCGGAGGAGGGCAGUGCCGGUGGGGCGGCGGGCGGGCGGCGUGGAGCCCGCAACUUCUUCGGGGAGCUGCGGGCCGAGCUGGGCUCCGCCGCCGCCCUUCCGCCGCCCCCCGCCGCGCCGCCGGCCGUGGAGGUCGUGGUGUUCCGCGGGAGGAAGAGCAAGGGGCGGUCCAGCCUCUCGGCAGCACCCCCCGGCGGUGCCCAGACCAAAACAGCGGACAAAGAGAAAAGUGCAAACAAACAAGAAUUUAACUUUGAAAAAGCUCGUUUGGAAGUGCACAAGUUUGGAAUCACUGGCUACAAGAAGCAGGAGCAACGCAUAUGGGAACAGGAGCGUGCUAUCAUGCUGGGAGCCAAGCCCCCCAAGAAGGAACACGUGAACUACAAGACUUACCAAGAGAAAAUGAAAGAGAAAAAAAAAGCGAAGGAUGAAGAUAGGGGAAAGGAACACAAAGGUGAUUCUCUUAAGAAGAAGAAGAAAGACCAGAAGGAGAGGAAGGCCAAAAGGAAGAAAUUGGUGCCUAGCAUUUGGCCUGCAGGACAAGUUGGAAAAUUCAGAGAUGGGACCUUGAUUCUGCAAAGCCGUGACAUAAAGAAAAUUAAAUCAUCUAAAGUUAUCAAAUGAACUUUUGAUACACAGUGAAAUGGACAAUAUGCAUAAGAUAGAAUUCACAUUGCCACCAAAACAGGCUUACGGAGCCUCUCACCCUCCCACCAUGUCCUAAUUCUUUUACCUUAUUUUUUUGUUGCAGGAUUUUGUAUCUUCCGUUCUCCCUUGGGAAGAAUAUGAGAAUUUACCAUUUUAUAAAUAAAACUAAGACUUUUUAUUAAGAA